AUGCAGAGAAAAAACACCACCUCUCUAUGCCGAGAAAAGCACAUCUCUACAGAGAACACAAAAUCUCACUACAGAGAACACCACCUCUCUCUACAGAGGACACCACCUCUGUCUACAGAGAACACAACCUCUCUCUACAGAGAACACCAUCUCUCUCUUCAGAGAACACACAACUCUCCACAGAGAACACCACCUAUCUCUACAGAGAACACCACCUCUCUAUGCAGAGAAAAGCACAUCUCUACAGAGAACACAAAAUCUCACUACAGAGAACACCACCUCUCUCUACAGAGGACACCACCUCUGUCUACAGAGAACACAACCUCUCUCUACAGAGAACACCAUCUCUCUCUUCAGAGAACACACAACUCUCCACAGAGAACACUACCUCUCUCUACAGAGAACACCACCUCUCUAUGCAGAGAAAAGCACAUCUCUACAGAGAACACAAAAUCUCACUACAGAGAACACCACCUCUCUCUACAGAGAACACAACCUCUCUCUACAGAGAACACCACCUGUCUACAGAAGACACCACCUCUCUCUGCAGAGAACACCAACUCACUCUACAGAGAACACAACCUCUCUCUACAGAGAACACUAUUUCUCUAUACAGAGAACACCACCUCUCUCUACAGAGAACACUACCUCUCUCUACAGAGAACACCACCUCUCUCUGCAGAGAACACCACCUCUCUUUGCAGAGAACAUUACCUCUCUCUACAGAGAACACCACCUUUCUCUACAGAGAACACCAUCUCUCUCUACGGAGAACACCACCUCUCUCUGCAGAGAACACCACCUCUCUCUGCAGAGAACACCAACUCUCUCUACAGAGAACAGCAUCUCUCUCUUCAGAUAAAUGCACAUCUCUCUACAGAGAAUACCACCUCUCUCUACAGAGAACACCAUCUCUCUCUACAGAGAAAAGCACAUGUCUACAGAGAACACCAACUCUCUCUCCAGAGAACACAACCUGUCUCUGCAUAGAACACCAUCUCUCUCUACAGAGAACACCACCUCUCUCUGCAGAGAACACCACCUCUCUCUGUAGAGAAAAGCACAUCUCUACUGAGAACACCAACUCUCUCUACAGAGAACGGCAUCUCUCUCUUCAGAUAAAUGCACCUCUCUCUACAGAGAAUACCACCUCUCUCUACAGAGAACACCAUCUCUCUCUACAGAGAACACCAACUCUCUACAGAGAACACCAACUCUCUCUACAGAGAACACCAUCUCUCUCUACAGAGAACACCACCUUUCUCUACAGAGAACACCACCUCUCUCUACAGAGAACACAACCUCUCUCUUCAGAGAACACCACCUUUCUCUGCUGUGAACACCACCUCUCUCUACAGAGGACACCACCUCUCUACAGAGAACACCACCUAUCUCUACUGAGAACACACAUCUCUCCACAGAGAACACCACCGCUCUCUACAGAGAACACCACCUCUCUCUGCAGAGAGAAGCACCUCUCUCUACAGAGAACACCACCUCUCUACAGAGAACACAACCUCUCUCUACAGAGAACACCAUCUCUCUCUUCAGAGAACACACAACUCUCCACAGAGAACACCACCUCCCUCUACAGAGAACACCACCUCUCUAUGCAGAGAAAAGCACAUCUCUACAGAGAACACAAAAUCUCACUACAGAGAACACCACC